AUGUGUGACCAGCAGAAGCAGCCCCAGUUCCUGCCAUGUUGUGUGAAAGGCUCAGCUUCAGGGCCCAUCCAAGCUACCCAAGGCCCAGCUUCCUUGCCAGGCACAGGCCAAUCUAAGAGUUCUUGUGUGAAAUGUCCACCUCCAUGCCAGACUACUUAUGUCAAAUGCCCAGCUCCAUGCCAAACUACCUAUGUGAAAUGUGCACCUCCAUGCCAAACUACCUAUGUGAAAUGUGCACCUCCAUGCCAGGACACCUAUGUGAAAUGUCCAGCUCCAUGCCAAACUACCUUUGUGAAAUGCCCAACUCCGUGUCAGACAACCUAUGUGAAAUGCGCUCCUCCGUGUCAGACUACCUCUGUGAAAUGCCAAGCUCCAACCCAGGUACAAACCAAUGCCAAAUGCCCAGCUCCAUGCCAAACACAGUCUUCUGUCAAAUGCCCAGCACCUUGCCAGACACAGACUUACUACGUGCAGGCUCCCUCUGUCCAGUACUUGGCACCACAGUACAUGGUGCCAUCUUCCUACUAUGUUUCUAAUUCCUGUGGCACCACUUCCUGCCCCACUGCUCCGAUAAGCUUUGGAGUGAGGCCUUUGAGGCGCUGGAUUCGUGGGCCCCAGUGCCGUGAAGGAAACAUAGGCUGUUGUGAGAGUUCUGGCUGUUGUGAGGAUUCUGGCUGUUGUAGCUCUGGCUGUUGUAGCUCCGGCUGUUGCGAAGGUGGAUGCUGCUGUCUGGGAAUCAUCCCCAUGAGAGCCUGUGGCCCUGCCUGCUGUGCCAAUGAUGAAGAUGACUGCUGCUGUUAG